AUGGUCCGUAGAACAUUAGGGCUUAAUACUCUAGACACAUUUGGCAUUCUCAGAAUUCCUAAAGCGGAACUGAUAAAAUUAACCGAACUGAGUGCUAAUGGGUCAUUAUUGGAGGACCUGCGUUUACCGGCGAUAACUGACCUUACUGGCUUGGAGCAUGCAACUCAACUUAAGACGUUACGCUUAAGUGCUAAUAACGUUAAUGACAUCACGCCACUCACACAACUCACGCAACUAAUCCAGAUAGAUCUCUGGCGCAAUCAAAUCAGUGACAUUACGCCACUCGCAGGACUCACCGAACUCCGGGAGUUGGAUCUCGCAGGUGGUCCAACGGGUAAUGAAAUCGUUGACAUUAGCCCGCUCGCAGGACUUACGGAACUCCGGGAGUUGAAUCUUAGUAGUAUUGGAAUCAGUGACAUUAGCCCGCUCGCAGGACUCAUGGAACUCAGAGAGUUGAAUCUUGGUUUUAAUCGAGUCACCGAUAUUAGCCCGCUUACCCAACUCAUAGAAUUAACAAUGUUAGAACUCCACGCUAAUCAGAUUAGUGACAUCACUCCCCUUGCACAACUCACGGAGCUCAGAGAGUUGAGUCUCAGUAAUAAUGAAAUCGUUGACAUUAGCCCACUCGCACAAUUUAAGAAACUGACGCUGUUAUACUUCUCGUAUAAUCAAGUCAGGGACAUUACACCACUCGCACAAGCGGAAUCGCUGACGAAGUUGUAUCUUGGUCAUAAUCAGAUCCGUGACCUCAGUCCACUUACAACGCUGACACGGUUGACGACGUUAGAUCUCGCGAGUAAUCAAAUCAGCGACGUUACUCCACUUGCGCACUUUCUGAAUCGCUGGAGGACUUGGACCUUCGAGAUAAUCGAAUCAAAGAUGUUACCCCUCUCGCAAACUUAA